ACUCGGAAGUGGCCUGAUGCCGCAAUGUGUAUUAAAAGAUCAUGCUCAGUUCGUAGGGCUCAAAGUUUCCCGGAAUUCGAACUGUCCAAAAUGGAUGACUAUCACACCAUCGCUUCAAAAGGACAGCGUCUUGCCUUAGCCCACUUUGUUAUUGGGAUUGCCUUGAUUGCUACCGGCGUUAUGGACAGACUAAUGUCGGAGACUUGGGUCGGCUAUUCAGGUUUUGGGAUUUUGGUUGGCAUUUGGAUGUGUUUUACUGGAGGCCUCGGCGUCUCUGCGACCAAAAUGUUCAGAACACAAUCAACUAGCAUUUAUGCGGCCCUGUUUAUGGCAUUUUCCAUAGUAUCGUCUAUGUGUGGCCUAAUCAUCAGCACCUUCUACGGCCUAACUGAUAUGAGGCCUCUCAAUGUGACCAUGUUAAUCCUCGGCGUGCUUGAGUUUGGUAUUGGAAUUGCAGCGUCUGUGUGCUGCUGCUUGAUGAAGCCCUGCACAUGCUGUUGUUGUAUCUCUCCAGAUGAGAGACGACCUUUAAUGCAUCAUCCAGGUGGUCAGCCCGUAUUGGUUUCAAGGGAAACGAACUAUGUUGUUGCAGUUCCUGUGAUGUGAUACUACGUGAGCCUACAUAUCGUCAAUCCUUUCUUUCACCAAACUCGUCGUUUUCCUUGCAUUUAUAAAUUGGCUCUUUGAGUUAUGAUAUCAAAAACUGAUAUUCCAACUGAAA